UUAAAGUGAAGACACAAAGAAAGUGAAAACUAUAUUCUUAUACUAAACAAAAUUAUAAUUAAUUCUGAAAUUUUUUGGAGUAUAGUCUGAUUGCGAAAUAUAACGAGGCCUUCGAAUUAUUAGAUGAACUAUUUAUUGCAUUCGAAAGUCCAUGAAAUAUUGAAGUACACCCCACUUGAGCAACACCAUGUUUUCCUUGGUAAAAUUUGACGACGAGCAUAUGUACGUAGUUAACUCAAAAACCAUUAAACAGAAAUCCGAAGCGGAGUGCACAGUAAAAUAUAAAGGUGCAACCUAUUUGGCUCAAAUUAUCCUUGCAAGUGAUGACAGGGAUCAUCUGUGUAACAUAAAGGAAAAAAAUCGAGCUUUACACGAACAAAAAAACAUAAAAGAGAGCAAUGUUUCCCACAAUGAAUUUAGCAACGACACACAAACAAACAAUAUUUCGCAUUUUAAGAACACACAAAAUUGUUCCCAAUAUUCAAUAUCAGCUGGAGGAGAAUCCUUGGAGUCCAUAUCUCCUACAAAUGUUUUAAAAACAAAUUCUAAAAUCGUUUCAAAUGGCAUUAAAAAGGCCGCCACUUUGGCAUCAUCGAAAGCUGAUUUCAGAGAAGCUUCGCGGGACUUAUGUCUUAAUGAAACGUCAAAUGAUCAUUUGACUUCCGUAAGGCUCGACAUGUUUUCUUUGGUGACAUUUGACAACAAUAGCUGGUAUGUUGUCAAUUCCAAAUCUGUUAAAGAAUAUGACGGAAAAAACUGCAUCGUAAAAUACAAAGGAGCCUUCUAUUCAGGACAAUUAAUUUCAACAAGCCAUGACAAAGCACAUCUUCUAGAUUUAAAACAAAGAAAUACGGAUCGAAGUUCUUAUAUGAAUGCCGACCAUAAUUCAAUGCAACAAUCAAUUCAUACCAAUUCAGGAAUCUCAAUUUCUCCAACAAAUUUGUGUGCAUCCGAUCUUCCACCGGCAAAAGAUUAUACGGAACCAACUUUAUUGCACAAACCAUAUAUAACUUCAAUACUAAAUCUCGAUGAGCAGAAAUCAGAUAAAACGGAGUCAACGACUGAAUCAAACAUUAAGCCUUCAGAGAAUUUUUUUGAUGAAUAUGUACCCCUUAAAGCUGGACUAAGACCUAUACAUAUAACUCCCCGAAAGAAAACAGCUAGUAAGCAUUUAACUGUUGCUAAAACUACUCCAAAAGAUGAUAAUUACUCUUUAAAUAAGACAAUAUUUACCGAUUCAGAGCAAUCUUCAAGCAGUAUAUCAGAAAUAUGUUCAACUGACUCUGUGUUGAGUAAUACUGGCUUAAGUUCUUUACCUUUCGGCUCACCGAAAAGGAAAUGUGUGGAAGAAUCUAACGAAAAUGUAUCCUGCAAUGCAUUAAAUAUAAGCUGUAUUGAUAAUUGGGAGUGUUGUAAAAAUUCAACAUCUGUCGAAACUUUCGUUGAAAAUGCUGACAUAAGUAGUAUCAAGAAAACCUCUAUUACCCUGACAAAUAUUGAUUCUUCUGCGUCGGAAUACCUACCUAGCUCGGCAAUAGAAAACACAAGCACAAACAUCAGCUCUUUUUUGGAGAUUUCAAAUAAUUUAAAUUUGGAUGGAGUUGCCGUUCCUGUUUCAAAGCAAAGAUCGAAGCGUCAUUUUUGUCUAUUUUGCAAGACUCUGCAAUGCAAAAUUGCAAGACAUUUCUUUCUGAAACACAAAAGCGAAAAACUCGUAAAACUAGCCAUGGCACUACCGAAACGUAAUAAAGAGCGUUUGCAAAUAAUUGAGAAGCUACGAAAAGAAGGGGAUUUCCUCCACAAUACAUCGCAAGAGCAAAACACAGGUACUUUGAUUGUACUUAGACAGCAAGGACAAAAAGCUAAACAUACACCCAAUGACUACGUAUGCUGCCCGUCGUGCAAAGGUUUUUACGCAAAAUUUACCGCAAGGGCACAUAUACGAUAUUGUACUAAGAAAAAAAAUGGCAGAUCGAAUUUUAUAGAGGGACGAAAAUUAACUCAAUACGUACAUCCUGUUGCAAACACAGCAAUGAAGAGCACCAUUUUUCCAGUUUUGCGAAACGACGAUAUAACCCGUGCGAUUCGUUACGACGAGUUAGUAAUUAGAUAUGGAAACAGAUUGUCCGAAAAAUUGUCGCAAACUCACCAUAAUGAUCACAUACGAGCAAAUAUGCGACUACUGGGGCGGUUUAAAAUAGAAUUAUUAAAAUUAGCACCGGAAAUUUUAGAACUUAAAGAUAUGUUCAAACCCUUUUUGUUCGACAAGGCAAUAGAAGCAUUGCGAUUGACAGCAAAAUAUGAAUUCGGCAAAGGGUUCGCCACGCCGGCUGUAGCUACCAAUUUGACAAGUAUAAUAAAAAAAUGUGCACGAAUACAGAGGAAUGAGCUUAUCAAGCAACAAAAUGAUGAUAUGAAGUCUCUUCUUGACAACUUUGUGUCCCUUUGGACUGAGGAAACCCCCACUCAGAUUAAUAAAAAAGCGAUCGAGGACCAAUAUAAUCAAAAAAGAAACAAAAGAAAUGAUUUGCCAAACAAACAAGAUAUAAAAAAGCUAUACGACUUUCUGAGAUCAAAAAUGCUGGACUCAAUUGCAGUAUUAACGGAAAAAUUUGAUUUAAACGCUUGGAAGAAUCUCGUUGAGACAACCUUAAUAUGUAUCCAGGUGUUUAACAGGAGAAGAGCAGGAGAAAUAGAACGAAUAACUAUUGACAAUUUUACCAAUAAAGAAGAAAUUACAAAUUGUUUGGAGGCAGGUCUUCUUGACAAUAUGUCAGAGGAGUCAAUUCAAUUUGCCAAACAAUUUGUAAGAAUAUCAUUGAGGGGCAAAUUAGGAAGAACAGUCAGCGUAUUAUUGGAUCCGAUGUGUAUAAAGGCUGUGCAACUUAUUUUAAAAUUUCGCAAAAAUGCUGGUAUAAAAAAUUCGAACCCAUAUAUAUUUAGCGCUCCAGCAACAUCAAACUUGUCAAAAAUGUACUACAGAGCGUGCCCAUUGUUAAGAAAAUACGCAAACGAAUGUGGAGCUUCCAUGCCUGACAAUCUAAGAGGCACAAAAUUGAGGAAACAUAUCGCCACAUACACGUCCUUAUUAAAUGUCCAAGAAGCUACUGUUGACAGAUUAGCCAACUUCCUAGGCCAUCAUAAAGACAUACAUAAAAACAUAUAUCGAAUGCCUGUUCCAAUGGCCGAAAUAACGACAGUCUCUAAAAUUUUAUUAUCUGCUGCUGGUUGCAAUACAAUCAAGGACAUUGAUGUUCAAACUUUGACCCUAAAUAAAAUAAAUGAGGAGGAUAUUGAAAUUAAUAAUACCAUAGAAGACGAAGGGUUACUUAAUGAAUCGUCAACAUCAGAAAUAUCAUCUACAUCAUCAACCAUUGAAGUUUCAAAAAAUACUAAUUCUUCUAAGUUAAAAAAACGUAGCACUUCUCCGUUCGGAAAAACAAAACGCACUAGAUGGUCUGAAGACGAAAGACAAGCAAUAACAUCGGCUUUUGGAGAUAUUUUAAGCUUAGAAAAGUUGCCUUCAUUGAAUGAAUGCAAAAAUGUCAUAAAUAUUUACGGAAGUCUCCGAAAUAGAAAACCGGCUCAGGUUAAAGCCUGGAUAGACAACCAAAGAAGAAUUUUUCGCUCUUCUAAACCGUAAAUAAAGUUUUUAAUACAGUGAGUUUCAGCACAUAUUAUUUUUAUUGGAAUAAUCUUUAGAAAACAAACACAUGUGGAGUUUGCUCGAAAGAAAAUGUUUAGUAGAACUAAAUGGUAAAUUAUAUUAUAUAUACUCAACUCUAAUCAUUCAAUCCUUGGAAAUUACAUGAACUACAUUCACUGCAAAACAGUGUUUACAAAACCUAGCUAAACAAAAUUACAAUUUUCAACUCCUUCGGACUACAAGAAUAUAUUAUAUAACGCUGCUAUUUUCCUUUUUCCAUUUUCUUACACAUUGAUAUAAACAGUUAAUACAUUUAACAAAAUGUUAACAAUUCUUGGUCAAUACAUAUACGAUAAAUUCGAGUGCACAUUUCUAGUAUAUAAACGCGAUUGCGACAAACAAAUAUUUUGUAAACUGUGUUUGUACACAUUUAAAAAAGUUUAUAUCUUCAAAAACUAACUAAUAUAUGUAAGACACAUAUAAAACCAUAUUUAAAAAAAAUGUGUUCUAUCAGUAUCACUAUUUUCAUUCAAAAUAUAUAAAUGAAUAAAAAGUAUUUUUUUAGUAUUUUUUUUGUACAAGUUUAGUAAAAGUAUUUUCCAACAUGUAUGUAUAUGCCUAUAUAAAAAGCAAUACAAAUCAAACUUUUUUGUAUUUUUGAAGUUUAUAUCUUCAAAAACUAAAUAAUAUAUGUAAGACACAUAUAAAACCAUAUUUAAAAAAAUGUAUUCUAUCAGUAUCAGUAUUUUCAUUCAAAAUAUAUAAAUGAAUAAAAAGUAUUUUUUUUUUUUGUACAAGUUUAGUAAAAGUAUUUUCCAACAUGUAUGUAUAUGCGUAAAUAAAAAGCAAUACAAAUAAAACUUUUUUGUAUUUUUCGUACUGUAUAAAAACUUUUCAUUUCUUAUUAUACCAAACACCAUAAAAAGUAAGUAGGGUAUAUUUAGUUCGUAAUUCCGUGUGUACCUCAUCGAAAUAAUAACUUUAGAUCCAACAAAAUAUAUAUUCUUGAUCAGCGUAAAAUUUUAAGUUCGAUUAUGGGCUAUAUCGGCCGACUAUA